GUAUCAUAGUAAAAGGUAUAUUAUAAACAUAGGAAAGUUCAUGACCUUACGCAACAAGGGAUGAGGGAUCCUUCCGCUGAUUGGAUUAUUAGUCAUGUACUUGUUUCUCACAGAACUUACAGCGUGCCGGAGGCACGCCAGCUAAAUGGCUAUAAUUAUGACCGGUUUCAUGUACGCCUGGACCGGCAUCCUAUGAGUAGCAUGACUGCGCUGACCAACUAUUCCUACCCAGCAGUCCCCUUGACUUUAAGUUGCACAUACAUUGUUUGAACGUACACACUACCACAUGCUUAUGGAGUUACUGACGCUCCGGUUUGGGGUAACACAGCGGUUUCGCCUAUGACUCGCUGACUGAGACCCAUCCCUCGCCUAGACAACAACGUUUCCCUCGGUAUUAAGUCAGCAGUCUCUUGUUAAAUUGGAUGUCGGCACUUGGACGCUGGACCGCCCUUGAUGCUGCAGCUGCGCGGAGAAAAUCCUCAAGGAAUCGGAUUUGGUGUGUUGGAGUUGCCAUUUUGCUGCUUCUGUCGUCGUCGGGCGGUCUGCAUACGGAUACAAUCGACUUUGACACCGGAACGUGCAUCUUGGAGUCCCUCUCAAACUUGUUUGUCGACAGUUGUGGCAACGUCCAGCUGGGAUUUAACGGGCAGGUUGCGCGAGCUCUGUACCCAUGCUACGCUGCAGCUGCUGGGGAGCAGAACGCGACAGGCCUAAAAAUAAUUCUACCCGACUUAUUCACUGCUUGGCUGCUACCAGCAUUAGCGCGGUUCUCAGACCUACGUGGCGUCCCCCUCGACCUGGAUAUCUUACCCACGUCGCAACUUCAAGGGGCACUCAAAAGUGAAUCUCAGCAAGAUUCCCAGGCUACACAGCAUGCGCUCUGGCUCCAUUUGGCCAGCUAUACCCAGGAGCUGGCGGAUGAAGGGCUAUUAGCAGACCUAAGUGGCAUGGUUAGCACGAUAGCGAACACCGAGCUGGACUGGCAGGACGUGUCCCAGCUUUACCGGCUGCAGCUGGCGACCUACAAAGGAAGCACGGUCAGCAUCCCCCUGGACGGGGGCCUGGUGUUCAUGCUGAGCCGAAAAGACGUGCUGAGCUCCCUAGGGCUGGAGGCGCCGCAGUCAUGGACUGAGCUUCUGGACUUUAUCCAGUAUUAUCGUACUGACCUUGCCUUGGCUGACCGGGUCGACAACGGGGAAACGCUUCCACCCUAUCCCAUAUGUCUGCCGCUGGGCGUCGAAUGCCGGUACCUGACCUACUUUCAGUCCAUCUGGACGACCAUUGCACAGACAACCGGAGCGCAACAAGGUGUGCAUUUCAACCUGACGACGAUGGAGCCGUUGAUAAACACGCCAGCGUCUCGGGAGGCCUUUCGCAUCAUGGCAGAGCUCCUGGCGGCCGCCGCGCCCCUCGAACCCGACGAGAAGUGUACGCAUGGCAGCCUGGCCUUUGUCCGCGGGCGCUGCGCUCUGACGAUUGCUGGCAUGCUGCCACAGUUGCAUCUCUUUGUGGAUCCAGUGGCCAACGCCACCGUGCCUCAGUCCAGCAUCCAGGUCACCCGGCUGCCGGGUUCUGAGGUGGUGUGGAACGGGGGCGGGGCGGAGACGCUUGCUGCAUGCACAGCGGCAACCUGCCCGUACGCCAGCUGGGACACAUGCGCGUCGCCCGCUUGCAGCCGCACGCGGCUCAUUAACUUUGCGCCGCAGUCGCUGCUGUCCACGCUGACCGGCAGCAUCAACAAAGGGGCGCCCGUGCUAGCUCAGCUGCUGGCGUACUCAGUGCUGGUGUACUUGGGGUCACCCGACCGCUAUGGGCCAGGGGAACCCAUAUCGCCGGAGGUCUCCGUGGCUCCGGUGCGAGACAGGUUCUCGAAGCUGGCCGGCAAUGAAGUGGUGUUCACGGGAGCGGGCCUGGACUUGGACGUGAUGGCAGGGGCGGUGCAGGUGGCCUCCACCAUGAGCCGGAACCACCCCAACCGCGGCUGGGGCCUGCGCAUGUCGGGCGCACGGUAUUACAACGAUGUUCUUGGCGACCUGGUCAUGGCUAUCAAGGCGGGCACCAUCUCAACCAGCGCCGGGGCCCUCAUGGGGCCCGGAACGCCGCCGCCUGUUUCAGGGAACGGCGGCGGCCCCAUCGAUCUGGCCACGGCACUGUCAAAUGCCAAAGCAGCCCUAACCGCGCACUACGCUCCAGAGAUCUACUUGCCCAAAUACCUGGCAUCGCUUGCGACUGUGUCGGACAGCGGUACGGCAGCCGCUGGCUCAACUACCUCGGGCGGCAGCAGCAACAGCAGCACUACCAAGAUGGUGUUGUAUGCCGUUCCGGCCACGGUUGGGUGCGUGGCCUUACUGGCGGCGGUGCUAGCGCUCUUGUGUUGGCGGUUCUGGCAUGGAAAGAGGGGCCUGCUGAUCGAUUCGUACCAUUCUAAACGUGCACAAUCCCCCAAAGUGCAUCAGAUGACGGCCAUCUGCGUCACGGAUAUUGAGGGAAGCACCCGCCUCUGGGAGGAGUUGCCUGGGGAGGUGGUGGCGAGUGCCGUACAAAUGCACCACGCCUCCGUACGGAGAAUGCUUGUACGGCACCAUGGGUACGAGUCGUCUACGGAAGGCGACUCUUUCAUCCUGGCCUUCCGCACCGUCAAGCAGGCAGUGGCGUUUGCCGUGGACCUGCAGACGGACCUGUUGACCAUUCCGUGGCCGCACGAGCUCUUGAAACAUGAGGCCUGCCAGCCCGUCUACACCUCACUGCCAGAGUUCUUCCCCUUUGUCCGGCCCGUCGACCACCCCCCGCCGCGGCCCUGCACCCCACCCAACUUCAGCUCCCCAUCUGCUCCCCAGCCAGCCACAGCCUCCUCCGUGCCUCCGUCGCCCCCAGCGCCACCGUCGCAGCCGCAUCCGCACGUCUUGGACGUCGCCGUUGCCGUACCGGUGCGCUCCGCUAGCCACCGCUACAAGGUUCGAUCUUCGGGGGAGCUGCAGCUCCCAGUUGUCGGCUUGUGCAGCCACCCCUCAACCUCCCCAGAAGCCCUCUUCCAAAGCCAGGAUAUGAAAUACGCGGGCAGGCAAGCCGGUGUUUCGACAAUGCCCGGCGGAUUAUCCCCAUGCGGCUCCUCUCCGCAUGGGGCAGGCUCAUCGUCACUGCCGCUACAGCUGCUACGUAUCCCGCAUACCACGCCUCCUGUCAGCGGGAACAACCGCACUGGGCUGCUAGCGAAAGAGCUAGGAGCUCUGCUGGCACCGCCCCCACCUGCCGCCAGCCUUCUCGACAGCAUGGAGUUACUCGCCGCGGCACAGCCUGCAGCCCCCAUGGAGGCCGUACAAGCGGAUGCCGUACAGUUAGUGGAUCCCGCUUACCCUGUUGGAGAGGCGACAACAAAUGCAGCUGUGGCUGGAAUUGGUCUUCAUGUCGAAACGGUUUCCGCGCCUUCUCCUUCUCUUUCUCCUCCUUUGAGUCGUCUCACCGUAACACCUACAGCAGCUGCAGGGAUACUGGGCUCGUUUGCUAGCGGCAAACACCACCUCCAGGCGCCCUCCUCCAGCACCAAGCUGACGCGCAUGGCCCGCAAUCUCGUCUCUGGGACCUCCGAGCUCACGAAUACCGCUGCCACCAGCAGCAGUUUCCACUCGCCAAAGCACCCCACGCCACGCAGAUUGCCUCCAUCGCUAGUGGUUCCAUCUUCCCCGAUAGAGGGGCUGCCGUCCGCGCGCGAAGCAAGGGCGUCGGGGCAGGCAGCAGCAUGCGCGGUGCAGCGCAGUUGUACUCUUGCGGGCUACCUCCGAGGAGCAUUGAGCUCCAAGCGAGGCGUCGGUGGUGGGCGGCCGCAGCUAAUGUUUCAGGGCCUUCGUGUCCGUGUGGGUAUCACCUGUGCGCGACCGUCACCUGCGGAGUUGCAGUACAACUCCGCUGCGGCGCGCAUGGUGCUGGGGGGGCCCUGCGUGACAGCAUGCAAAGCGGUUGCGGACAUGGCACAUGGCGGCCAGGUGCUUCUGUCGGGCGAGGCGCAAGGGGAGCUGAGAGCGGAGCUGGCAGACACAAACGGGAAGCCCAAUGGAGUGCUGCUCCUCAACAUGCUGUCCUACGAGGAGGCACCCCCAGCGGGUCAGGCGGGCCACCGGACCCCUGAGGCCAACGCCACCCUACCGGUUGAAAGCGCCAUGCAAAGCCCCUUCGAGCGGCGCCAGGAGGCGUGUAACAGCCCGGAUGCGGAGGCAGCUGUCAUCAAGCCUACGCUUGUGCUAUCAGCGCCGACGGCUCCCAAGCAAGCAGCACUGCCACCGCCACUGCAACUGAGAUCUGUCGUGUGGGCCACCACACCGUCACUCGCUCAGCGGCUAGCGCUAUGGCCGCUGUCGCUGCGAGUCCCGGCCGACACGGUGACCUGCCAGACUGUGUACGACGCACCCGUGGGGUCCGUGUCGUACGUUGUCGUACAAGUCCCUGGCCUCGCGGUUCUACGUGCUUGGGACGCGCAAGUUGCGGACGAGGCUCUGGAGCUGCUGAGGCAAACCGCGAAACAGCUCCUGCGUCGCGCUGGCCUGAGGGGCUUCAUGGUGGCAGCACGGGAGGACGAGUUACAUGCGGCCUUCACUCGGGCACAUGCAGCGGUGCGCUGGGCGGUGGGCCUCAGACGCGAGCUGCUGAAAGCGCCCUGGUCGCAGGCGUUGCUUCGCCACGAAGCUGGGGAGCCAGUGGAGGUCUCCGACGGGCCCUCGGCCUGUCAGCAGCUUCCCGGCUCGUCCUCACGCGAACCUCCCUCCCCGUCGCAGCGAUCUCGUCGACAGCCACUUAGCCGCUGGGCCGUUCAGUCCACACGUGCCGUCGUCUCUCGAGCGGUUAGCAUGUCCGCAAGCGGCCUGGCAAUGCAUUUAAGCCUGGGACGACGGAAGGACAGGGACUUGGGGUCGUCUAGGCGAGCAGGCGACGGUUGCGGCGGCGGCGGCGGCAGUGAUGGCGGUGUCGUUGGCGGGGCUCAGUCUCCGCGUGAGGCGGUUGAGAUCCAGCCUCGACCUGUCGUACCUACGGACCAGGAGCACAGCCCCUUGGCAGCAGCGGCCUUGGCGCCAGCAGGCCGUACUAUGCUUCAUGGUGGGCGCAGUGCUGGGGCUACAGCACGGCAGCCGAAGAGCGACCGGGGGGCACCGCUGACAGCAGCAACGUCAGGCAUUGGGCCGGGACAUGGGCUGAAUGGAACGGUCCCGGGAACAAGCGGUUUGCAAGGACGGCAGGUGAAAGCCUCUCCUGCGGCCGCCGGCGGUAAUGGCGGAGAAGGGAGGCUGCGGCAGGUGCUGAUGGCGGGUGGAAGCGCUUCCAGGCAUGGCGUCUCCCACAGCCGGCUGCAGCAUGUCACCUUGAGCGCUCAGCACGCACAGCUGGUACCGUCGAGCGUUUCGCCCGCAUGGUACGAAAGUGCCGGCAGCACUGGCGGCGCAGGCUCUGUUCCUCAGCUUGUCGUUGACUACGGCUUUGGCCCUGUUGCCAGCAGCCAUGGCGAAAGCCAGUCGCAGCAGCCUUUAAGUGCGGAUGGCGGCCUGGGUGCUGCUGCUCUGUCAACAGCUCCGGACGCUACCUUGGAGCAUUUGCUUGGCUAUGGGCCCGAGGACAACGCCGCAGAAAUGCUGUCGGAGCCCGCCUUUGCACGACAUAACACCAUUAUGCCACAGCAGCAUGAAGAACCGGCUUCAGGAGCAUUUGCAACAUAUAUGUUCCGGAGCCAAGGAGCACCGUUGGAAGACGCAGCUUUGUCCCAACGGGGCAAACUCAGCCACCUGUGCCGUGAUCUUGCCAGGGGGGCCAGUGACGACGUGGAGAGGAUGUAUUCAUCCGCCAACCGUAGCACGGGCGGCGACGGGGGAGGUAGUGC